UACAAAAAAUUCCGGAAAAUAAUAGUUUUCUCUAAUUAAAAAAUGAAUAAUUUAGUGAAACACGUUCAGUCAUUCUUUCUCGAAGUGAAUAAUGUGAUGAUUUUUAGCGUAAUAAUUUCUCUCAUUACGACGAUAAUUUUCAUGAAAAAAUUCUACAAAGGAUCAAGUGACCGUGAACAGCUUAACAACGCAUCAGAUGAGGACAACAAAUCAUCCACCGACAGCGAAGAUGAGUCAGAUGAAGAAUCCAACGGAAUUUACGCGCGUUUAAAAAAAGCAAAAUUUAAUAAGUUACGUGAAACGUUAUCCGAGGACCAAAAACAAGCCGAAAAAGAGAUUGAAAAACAGCAGUUGGCAGCAAUUUUCGAACUGCUAAAGCGACAACAGGAGGAAUUGCAAUUAGCGGGUGAAGUCAGCGAAAUAGAUUUGAAAGAGCAGCUCAGUUUGUACAGAUAAGCAGCAAAAAACUCGAUUUUCUUAUAUUGAUUUGCAUUUCAUGACCAUCCAAGGAACACAAAAUCGAUUGCUAAAUCGAGUGAACGAAAAAUUUAAUUGUACAUCUUUCUCGUGUGUGUAUUUGUAGUUCAUCUAGUUUGAAUAUUUUUCUCCAACACAGAAGCAGUGAGCAUAUAGAUUCGCAAUUACACGAAAUAGGAGGAAAAAUUAUGUUCGCACAAUUAGUUUUCAACUACUUAGCAUGACUUCUAGAACGUUCGUUUCACAAAAAAAGGCGACUUGUGAGGUUUCAUCGACGAGAAAAAGACGGAAUUAGUAGAACAAAAGGCAUAUUUAAUGACUUUUUUUCCUUUUUUUUGGAAAAAUGGAGAAAAUAAUUAAGCAAAGAUCGAUUUUUGUGUGUCCUUCGACUAUUUUUUGUGUGUGGGACGGAGACUUGUUCAAAAAAUUUCAGGGAAUGACUGAUA